AUUGGAUGGGCCAGAUAGGCCCUUCUCAUUGGUUAGGCCAGAUAGGCCCUUCUCAUUGGUCGCGCCAGACCAAUCGUGACGCGUUUGAUAAGCGACAGCAUGGCACUGCAGUGUUUUUAUCGCACAGCUGCGGCGUGAUGUUCAGUCAAUGGCAAAAGACAACAAUAAAAAGCUGGAACAUACCUUUUGAACUAUAGGCCUAUGUAUGUAGGCUUCUACCUUGAUCCCAAGGAGUCCCCCUACUCAACGUGAUCACACUCUUAGAUUGCACCAAUGGGUAAACUUCGUCUGGAGAUGCAUGACCGAACAGGUGAAAGCAAGCGACCGCAUGGUUCCACCAAGGGGCUGGCACACAACCUUGAGCUCAGCAAGAAACGCUGGUUCUCCAUACGGAGGUUUUGGAUGUGGCGUCGGCGAGAAAGAGCAAAAUCUUGUUUCUUCUUCACGCAGAGAAAUGGCGUCAAACACAAAAGACGUCCGGUCCAUUCCAGCUCCUUCUGCAACCGCCAAGGCGAUGUCAAAAUCUGUUUGGAAAUACAAGGAGAAGUAGGCAGGGACAGAAACAUUUCAGAAACCCCGCCAGAGAAAGAGAACGGGGAAACAUCAGGUGUUUUGGACGGUGGGGAACUUAAAGGAAGUGGUGGAGAAGUGUGUCAACCUGCUUUAGCAUCCACCUCGAACUCCACCGACCGCCCUCAGACCCCGGACAGCGGCGGCUCUACAAAGAGGCAGGGGAGUGGGGUAGGGUGCACUGACAAAAAUAUGGUUAACGGAUUCAAGAGGAUUGCUGUCCAUCAGGAGCCUUGGAGGGAUCCUGUCUGUCCGCAGGAAACCUGUACCCCUCUGGGUGCAGAGCUGGUGACGGAGGGAAAAACUAGCACCAGAACCAGCCCAAGCCCUGUCUGUCAGAGCCUGCCUGGGCUUGGGGUGUCGUCUGACAGCCAUCUGCAACCUGUUGUCCCCCACAAGGCUUUGAGCUCGACCAUUAUGGAGUUUCUCGACGGCUUUUCUAAAGUCUACGGGAGUUUGAUCCCACUGCAAUCGUGUGACAUUGUCCGAAGCUUGAGGGCGCAUGAUUUGGGUGACAGAAAAAGGAAUCUAGUCAUCUCCCUGGUGAAAAAGUACAGCGCUACUGUAGUCAGAACAACGUCUCCCUGCUUCCGAGUGGUCUACAGAAAACACAGUCUGAUGAUGGAGGACCUGGCGACGCUGGCCCACCAGAACUGGAUCAACGACCAGGUCAUCAACAUGUACGGGGAGCUGAUUAUGGAGUCUACGGAUAACAAGGUCCAUUUUCUGAACAGCUUCUUUCACCAUCAACUAGAGAUGAAAGGCUAUGAGGGGGUGAGGCGAUGGACAAAACAGGUCGACCUGUUCUCCAAGCAGCUGCUGCUGGUGCCGGUUCACCUGGAGGUACACUGGUCUCUGGUGGCGGUCGACCCGGAGCACCGGAGCAUCCGGCUCUAUGACUCGGAGUUCACCGCUCUCCCAGAGGUCACGCUGGGCAUCCUGAAAUACUUGAUAAGCGAGGCAAAAGAGAAGAGCCAAGAGCUAUUCCAAACUGGCUGGGUGGUGUCGGCCAACCAGGAGACGCCCCAGCAGAACAAUGAGAAUGACUGUGGAGUUUUUGUCUUGGAGUAUUGUAAGCGGCUCGCCCUCAGGAAACCUCUCGACUUCUCCCAGAAGGAGAUACCACACAUCAGGAAGAGAAUCUACAAGGAGCUUUGUGAACGAAAGCUUCAUCUGUAACACACACACACACGCAAACUGAGUACAAGGGGGGGUGUGACUGGUCUUUGAAUGUCAAACCAGUAGACUGCGCUACAGUAGUGUCUGUCAAACACUGCUUGUGUUGUCAUCCUCACAUCUAACUCUUAACAAACGAGCAGUUGAAAUGCAACGCUUGUCAGUAGCAGAAGGGUUUAAAUGGUCUUGAAUACAGUGUUUUAUUUAUCAGCAUUUGACUUUCUUCCCCUCAGUCCAAAAUGUGCUGCGGAUCCCGAUCUCUUACUGGUUUCGGUCCUGAUUCUACAUUCCUGCAAUCUUUCUGAUUCACAAAGUAGUAAAAUACUGGGAUCAUCGGUUGGACUGGGAGUGGAACUGAAUAUUGUUUUUGUUGUUCCAAAACAUAAGAUGCAGAAUUUGUAUUGUUUGUUAACCUUAUGUGUUUAUAAUAAAUGACCACUUUUUCUAUGUCGUC